AGGAGGGAGCAGGCUAGGUGGCAGGGCCCUUUUUCUGUGCCUCUCGAGCGCCUCUCCAGGCUAGUUGGCCGCCGCCCGCAGUCUCUUGCACAACAACCCUUUUCCCUCGCCCCACUGCAGCUCUGUGGAGCCUGUCGCCGCGAGUUUCUGCUGGAACCUCGACGCCCCUGACUUUGGCGGAGGGUAGUGACAUUUGCGAGGCGGGGAGCGCUCCUCGAACGUUGGCCUCCCUCGGGGUUGCGGGGAGGGCCGGCCGGGACGCCGGCGGGCGCCAUCUUGUCUGCAGUGGCCACCUCGGCGGAGCUAUGAGACACUCGAAGAGAGCUUACUGUCCUGAUUGGGAGGAAAAGGAUUGGGAUUGUGCAAAAUGGAGGAGCAGCAGCAGUCAGAAAAGAAAGAAGAGAUCCCAUAGCAGCGCCCGGGAGAACAAGCGCUGCAAAUAUAAUCACUCUAAAACAUCUGAUAGCCAUUAUUUGGAAAGCAGAUCCAUAAAUGAGAGAGAUUAUUAUAGCCGACGCUACGUUGAUGAAUAUAGAAAUGACUACAAUCAAGGGUGUGAUUCUGGACAUCGCCAUAGGGACCAUGAAAGCAGAUAUCAAAACCAUAGUAGCAAGUCCUCUGGUAGAAGUGGAAGAAGUAGUUAUAAAAGCAAACACAGGAUUCACCACAGUACUACACAUCAUCGUUCACAUGGGAAGAGUCACCGAAGGAAAAGAUCCAGGAGUGUAGAGGAUGAUGAGGAGGGUCACCUGAUCUGUCAGAGUGGAGACGUACUAAGUGCAAGAUAUGAAAUUGUUGACACUUUAGGUGAAGGAGCUUUUGGAAAAGUCGUGGAAUGCAUCGAUCAUAAAGCGGGAGGUAGACAUGUAGCAGUAAAAAUAGUUAAAAAUGUGGAUAGAUACUGUGAAGCAGCUCGCUCAGAAAUACAAGUUCUGGAACACUUAAAUACAACAGACCCCAACAGUACAUUCCGCUGUGUCCAGAUGUUGGAGUGGUUUGAGCAUCGGGGUCACAUUUGCAUUGUAUUUGAACUACUAGGACUUAGUACUUACGAUUUUAUUAAGGAAAAUGGAUUUCUGCCAUUUCGACUGGAUCAUAUCAGGAAGAUGGCACAUCAGAUAUGCAAGUCUGUGAACUUUUUGCACAGUAAUAAAUUGACUCACACAGACUUAAAGCCUGAAAACAUCUUAUUUGUACAAUCUGACUACACAGAGGCAUAUAAUCCCAAAAUGAAACGUGAUGAACGUACCUUAAUAAAUCCAGAUAUUAAAGUUGUAGACUUUGGAAGUGCAACAUAUGAUGAUGAACAUCACAGUACAUUGGUAUCUACGAGACAUUACAGGGCACCUGAAGUUAUUUUAGCCUUAGGAUGGUCCCAACCAUGUGAUGUCUGGAGUAUAGGAUGUAUUCUUAUUGAAUACUACCUUGGGUUUACAGUAUUUCCAACACAUGAUAGUAAGGAGCACUUAGCAAUGAUGGAAAGGAUUCUUGGACCUUUACCAAAACAUAUGAUACAGAAAACCAGGAAACGUAAAUAUUUCCAUCAUGAUCGGUUGGACUGGGAUGAACACAGUUCUGCUGGCAGAUAUGUUUCAAGGCGCUGUAAACCUCUGAAGGAAUUUAUGCUUUCUCAGGAUGCUGAACAUGAGCUUCUCUUUGACCUCAUUCAGAAAAUGUUGGAGUAUGAUCCGGCUAAAAGGAUUACUCUCAAAGAAGCCUUAAAACAUCCUUUCUUUUAUCCCCUAAAGAAAAUUACAUAGAUCUCUAAUUGUACAACAUGAUAAUAAAUUUUAUAGACUGUAUCAGUCUAAUUUUUAAAUAUUAAGUUAUUUUGUACAUCUUUUUGUAAAUUUCUUAAAUUUUUGUAUUGCCAUCUUUAUUUUGUUUGGUCCAUAGCUAUGUAAUGAACAUCUUUUUCAAUGAUUUCUGUAUAAAAUGAUUUAUUCAGAAUAAAUUCUUUUGUGUUUAUGAAA